UGAUAUAAAAGAAAUGAACAUGCGAUGGGUGGAGUUGGUAUAAUAUAAUGGCAAGGAAUAUAAACCUGUAAUUUUCAGUCAACAUUUUCUGCCGAACGUAGCAUGUCUUUUAAUAAAUGGAUUGGAAUUGAAAGAAAGGCGGCUAAAUGCUGAGUGUUUUCUUGACACAACUGUCAAUGCACCAUAUCUAUAUAUACCUGGUUGAGAAAGAAAUAUAUUUUGGCAUUGCGUGCAGCUUGCUUCGUGCACCCGGUUCGCACACCUGACGAGAGAUGCAUGCAAAGCUUGGAUGCUCGAUUUGAUGGCAUUGACAUGCGAUAAAACGCGCCGCCAUCCGCUCCAUGCAUUCAUUCAAUUGGCGACCGUAGCUCAAGCAUGCAGGCCGUCAUCUACUGUGCGAAAAGGAGAUUAAAAUAUUCUCUUAUCAAGUAUAUGGAUUGUACUUUGUGAUAUAUCGGAGGAAAAGCAUACAAAUUGAGCAAAUAAUGGAAUUCCCGUGAACUUAGAUACAUCUCAUAACCCGGUGACCAUUCCAUAGUUUAUGAGACAGCAAUGACGUCUGUGAUGCUGGAUUUGGAAUCUAUUUUACGUUAAGAGGAGACUGUGAGAGAUCAAUAUUGAGUAAACAAGUUGCACGACACGAGGAUUUUUAUUACUGAGCAUGCAUGCUGGCAUGUAGAGAUCUAGGAAAAAAAAGUAUUCAUUUUUGUCGUCAUAAUGUAACUAUCAUAAAAAGAGGAAUGCCAGUAUUUUCUAUGAGAAGAGCAUGCAGUCGCAUCAAAUAGCUGCAUCUUAAUGAGAAUCAUUUCUUGCAAUCUACCAAACUUUUGGUGAAUGUAUAGGAGGAGGUCACGGGAACCAUCAUGGCUACUGCUUACUAGACUCUUCAUGAAAUGAACUGGAUUUAACAAUUUUGGCAGGAUUGUUUAUUGAGAAAUAUUUGAAGGAAUUUAUCGCAAAGAUGGUCAUGGCAGAGCAAGGUCUAGAAGCACCAUCGACGGAUCCAAAAGAGGAUGAGGGAAUCCCUUUAGGUGAGGUCCUAGGGGGAAGCCGAGGCCAGGUUCGGACCAAUGCCUACCUGCCUUCGAUCGAUCUUGCUACCAGCUCCGCCGCACCCCUUGGCAUCCAACAACAUCAUCGACAACGCCCCGGCAACCAACAUCCUCGUGGACGCUUCCGAGUCGUGCCCUAUUUCGGAUCCUGCUCCGUUAAACGUUAGUGACGAUGUUGAUCUUUCUGGAAAAGAUGGCACAGGACAAACUGGUGGAGUUGAUCAAGAAGUGUGCAUCACCCUGGAGGACAUCCCUAUAGAAACUUCCCCCACGUCAACUUCGAACUCUCUUGACAACGCAGAAAGUCGGACCAAGUCGGACACUGUCUUCCUCGGACUGGACGAUGACUUCGAUGAGAAUGCCCGUCGAAGUCCCGAUUCGGGUUGCUCGAUGAGCGAGGCGUCGACGGAGGAUAAGAUCUCCAUUGCAUCUACUGUCUCUGCGUCUUCUGAUGACGGUGGUUACUCCAGGUUGGGCACUCAGAUUCAGCGUCUCAAGCAGGCAAUGAGCGAACUUCGAGAGCAAGAUGUCAAUCUGGCCCGUCAACUCCUGGUCGUCUACGACUACGUCGAGGAGACCAAGUGGUUCCUUGAAAACUUCGAAGCAUGCGAUCCUCGUCACUCGAUCGCCGGUCCUUUGACGUCAACGGAGCGUCGAUUCUCGCAAAACUUUCAGAAGAGGCUCUCAGAUUUUGGUUUGAACCUGAAGGGGAUCCCGCACAACGGGUUCGCAUCGCCUCCGUCCUGGACAGACCUGAGCGGUAGCAAAACAACGUCGAAGAGACAUAGCAGGAACAUAUCAGAUGGGAUGAUUAGUAUCGAACACCUGAGACGAAUCUACCAUGAAAAUAAUAAUAAUGCAGCAGCGGGGAUGGAUAAAUCAGAAAGUUGUGAAGCGCUUCCGGAUGGUCCGUUAUUGGAUGGGUCGGAGGGCAGAAGCAGAUCGCCUCGGUCAAUGACAAGGAGAAGCAUCUCUUCCAAUUUCCUAGAAAUCAGCUUCAGCUCGAUGACAGCAUCAAGAGGUGACCACAAUCUUCACCAGGGUCCGUUGUCUCCGAUCUCUGAUUCUGGACAAGCCGUAACCAUGGAUGAAGAUGCUGAUGGUGAUGAUGAUGAGGAGGAGGAGGGUGAGAAGAGGAAUGUGCAUUUACAGUCGACACCAAAACCAGUGGAAACGAACUCUCCGGAUACCUUUGGAAACGACGCAAUUGCCGCUGAAGAAAGAACUAAAGAAUCAGAAAGCGUUUCGUUUUAUAUUCCCCGGGAUGAGGACGAAGUUGCGGUAGAUUCUCAUUCCACUGCUGACCACCACCGCGGCAGUGCUUCGUCGUCAUCGGCAUCAUCGAUGAUGUCACUGCAGAGUUCCUCCUCAUCGUCGUCAUCAUCCACCGAUACGCACGCAAAAUCGAAUUCUUCCCACCAGACAUGCCAUAACACCGCCGAAACGACGAGUGCCCUUCCCCCACACUCGACCACUGGUUCGUCAACCGACCCAACAGCAGAUGAGUGCAGUAUUUUCAUUGCCGAUGAUUCCAAUGACCACAUCGCAGAGGAUAACAGAACUUUGAUAACCUCCUUUGAAAGUCAUAUGAACUGGCUACAAGAGCAAGAUGAAACACUUCUUUAGCUUUAUGUCAUGAUCUUAAAGUCAUAGGGCAUAUUUGGCCAUGGAAGACUAAAUAGUAUUUCGUGAACAUGCUGAGAUCUUUGACAAUAUUAUUAAGCAAUAUGCCUAUAUACUGGGUCACGUUCGAUAAAACGUCAUGGUUAAAAACAAUGAUAACAUGUACAUAGAGAGCUCUAUAUAUUGGGAAAGAAAAGACGAGAAGGAUAAAGUCAUACUGAUAUAUUCUUAAGAAGAUCUUUAGCAUUUUGUUACAUGGUUAACGCGUGUCUGUUCAAUCUAUACAUAUUUCCGUCAGUUCAUAAUUCAUAAUUUGUCAACUUUUGUAACUCUAUAUUUGGCUGUGAUUACAAAUGAAAUUGCAUUGAGAAGUAUUGGGUCUUCGAUCUCUUCCGACACGCUUGGUCUGGACAUGAUGAAUAUUGGAACUUUAAGAUUGGCUUUAAACCAUGAGAACGAAGUGAUUCUGGCCAUUCUGGCUACCUCGUGGAUAUUAUGAACUAUUCUCUUAAAGGCCACCACACACCUUAUGAUUUGUCUGCAACCCGAU